UCUUGAACCGAGGGCCCUCCGCCCAGGGGCGCCACAGGCGACGGAGGCCGGGGGACGACAUCCAGAAAGACCAUUGUAGACAGAUGAGAUGGAUGCCUACAAUCAAACCACAGUGACUCAUUUUAUCCUCAUAGGGCUUUCUGAUCGCCCCGAGGUGCGCUACCCUCUCUUUGUGGUCUUUACCAUCAUCUAUCAGGUCACCGUGGGGGGAAAUGGGGCCAUUCUCUUGGCCAUUGGAACUGAGAAAAAACUGCACACACCCAUGUAUUACUUUUUGGCAAAUCUGUCACUCUUAGACAUAUCCUGCCCAUCAGUUACUGUCCCCAAGAUGCUGGAGAACCUCUUGACUGAGAAGCACAGCAUUUCCUAUAUUGGGUGUGCUUUGCAACUUUACUUUCUGGUGGCCCUUGUGGGAACUGAAGUCUUCCUUCUCUCUGUCAUGGCUUAUGACAGGUAUGUGGCCAUCUGUUUCCCUCUUCGUUACACCCUCAUCAUUACCAAGGUUCGCUGUGUUCAGCUAACUGCUGGGACUUGGGUAGCAGGGUUUCUCAAUUCCCUCCUUCAUACAGUGUUCACAUUCCAUCUUUCUUUCUGCAAGUCCAACCAAGUUAACCAGUACUACUGUGACAUCCCACCAGUGCUGGUCCUCUCAUGCUCAUCCACUUAUGUGGCAGAAAUGCUUAUUUUAGUGGAAGGAGGUAUCUUGGGGAUCAGCUCCUUUCUGGUUACUUUUGUCUCAUACUUCUACAUUGUAUCUACCAUCCUAAAGAUUCAGUCUGCAGUGGGGAAGCAUAAAGCCUUUUCCACAUGUGCUUCCCACCUUCUAGUGGUUUGUUUAUUUGGUGGCAGGACAGUAUUUACCUAUGUACGUCCCUAUUCCAGUCAACACUUCCCAGCAAGAGAUAGACUCAUCUACAUGUUAUAUGGAAUUAUUACUCCAAUGUUAAACCCCAUGAUCUACAGCUUGAGAAAUACAGAAGUGAAAGGAGCACUCAGAAGGGUCUUAUGUCAUAGAGUAUAUUCACUGCAAGUAUAAUAUUCAAAGCAAAUGACUCAAAGCUCAAUUUAUGAUGAUUUCAUAGAAAUAAUUCAUAGAAUAAUUUUCAAUUAAGGUGAGUGUAUAUGGAAUGCAAACUUGUCUACACAUAGAAAUUUUUAUACAUAUAUAUGUAUAACAUUAGUUAUGUCUAUAAGUCACUAUCUUCAUGAACUAGAAACGUUAAUUUUAUCAUCCAAAAGUUGAUAUUUUCUGAAAGGAAGCAGGGAACUGUUAACAAUUACACUCAUGUAACAGGUAUAAACCGAACCUGUCUAAGUUAACUUAGAUCUAUUACCAUAUUCAUACCUAUAUAUUGUAUUUUUAUCUUUUUUGAAUGUAUAUUUAUGUAUAAAUGGUACCUAUGUUUCUUUCUUUUAUUUGAUAGACUACUUAUGACAUUUAUCCUUAGUGUUUUCAUUUCAUUCUUCCUCCUCUUCAAUUGUAGCUUCCACUUAUUCUGUAUUUCUCUGUUUCUCUGUGUUUUCCCAUGAGCCUUUCCAUUCUCAGUUCUGCCUGUGCCUUCUAGGAGUGCACUUAGUUUUUUCUGUCUCUUAUUUAGAUAUUUAAUUCAGCUCACUGUAUUAUUCUCAUCUUAGCAUCAACAUGGUCAUUUACAUAGACACACAGACACACACACAAGCACAUCUAUUAGCUACCUUGUAUUUUAUUAUAAAUUUUACUCUGCUACUUAGACUGAAAUUCAUGAAACUAGACUUUGCUUUACCUUAAAUUCCAGUGCUUUUAUUCCAUUUGCCUAGAGAGCUAUAGUUUCUGACUGUAGAUAGCACAUCAUUUUCAGUGCAUUCCCUUUUGUUGUCACAUGUAGAAUAGGAGUAUUUCCUACUGCUUUAAAAUCAGAAGUCAUGUAUAAUUUUCUUAGUAAUUUUCCCUAUCCUUGAUAACCUGAGAGCUUUUGAAAUUUAGUCUCCAGUCUGGUGAUCACAAUUAGUAUGUCACAAAAUCUCUGCAUUUCUGAUUCUCUUUUCACUCUGUCACAUAAGUGUCUUCUAGCUUUCUCUUAUCUGGAUUCUGUCUUUUUAUUAAUCACUAAGUGAUGUGAUAGCAUCACUAAUAAGGUAGUCUUACAUAACUCAAAAAACAUAUAUCACUUCCUCCUCUGGAUUGUCAUUGAUUUCUUAGUCAUUUUCAAAAUUAUGCCAAAUAGAGCCUGAUUAUUUGUAUUUAUGCCACAUGCAAUAGAGUAAAACACAUUGAGAUAACAUUGUUUGGAAUUAAUUACAUUUUCUAAGAUUCAGCAAUGACCUGAUAUACAUCUUCCACAACAUACAAGGCUGUUAAUAUUUGUGGUGGGUCAACUGUAUGUUACUUAAUUUUAGAACAAGUGAGAAAAUUCAUGCAUACCUGAAAUAAGAAAUGAAGUAAUAAAUUACUUAACCAUUAUAAAUUUAAGGCUUGUUUUGUUUCUUAUUCCUCAUUUUAUUCUAUAUCUCCAAGUUUACAUGUGGUAUGAAAUAACAAAGUUUUCUUCAUAUAGCAACAGAAUGCAUAGGAUUUGUUAAGAUAUUCAUUUAAAAUUGAAUAAAACAUUGAGAAUUCAACAAGUUGUUCAUUUUACAAUCAGAUAACCAAAUAUUUAUUUUAUAUUUUGCCACUUACUUGAGCACAAUAUUGUUUAAAGAUACUGGGGUUAUAUCUCUGUUAGUAAAUCUGGAAAUGAUUUCUAUCCUGUUGAAAACAAUGGGUCUCUCGUCAAUUUGCCGUGAAUCAGACUUUAACCAAUAGUGGAAACAGUUGAAAAUUUUUAAAAAGUGAAAAAAGUUCCGGAAUUUUCUAUGCUCAUUUAACAAAAAAUUGUAAUUUGAGUUUCUUCUUAUUAGGUGAAGAAAACAAUGUUCUUAAAGUACAAGUAAAACCCUAGACUUUGUCUUUAUAUUCCUUUGUAAUAUUUUGGAUGAAUUGUAUAGUACCCAAGAUCUUAAAAUUGCAAGAUAUUGAAACCAAUAAGCAAGGUGUAAAGAAAACCUUCAGAAUGGGAGAAAAUAAUAGCAAAUUAAACAACUGAUAAGGAAUU